UUUAUGUGACCACCAUACUGCUAAUUAAGUGUUUACUAUCCAACUUUUACAAAGUAUCAAAUUCAAGAAAUUUGAGCAGACGGAUACCUUCUUUCUGGGAUGUCGCAAGCGAAGUCCUUUGCGACGCGAAUAGGGUCUCUUAUACAGCAUCAAGAACAUCGCGGCCUGCUGGGUCAGCUAGCUUGUACAGCGCUUGCCCAUCGUGCUUCAUGUGUGGGAGCAUUAUCUGCUACUUGCCGCAGCUAUGGCUCUUCCGCUGGUGGCGAAGAUGCACGCCGACAGCUACUUCGGAAGCACCUCCUGGUGGAUACAAUGGAGCUGGAAUCCGAUUUUGAGGAUGCCGGCAUGCAGCGUGCCGACGCGUCACGACUCGCUAGGAAAAUUACUGAGCUCAUCAUUGAGAACAAACUCAAAAUGGAAGAAGCUUUCGUGAAGCAGGCAACGCUCGAGAAGGUCAUCCUCGAGCAGACAGCCAAGAUCCAAGGAUUCAAAACGGAGCUCCAAAAAGCACAGGACAUGCACCACGCGGCCAUGGACAAGGACCUGGAGCAGCAGCAGAGCUACCUGGACAAGAUGAAGGCGGAGGUCAGGCACGAAAUCGACAAGCUGACCGCCAGCCAGCGGCUGGACAUGAACCUGGAGAAGGGGCGCAUGCGCGAUGAGCUCAUGGUGAUUCGCGACAAGACGACGGACCUGCAGAUUAAAGUUGACCGGGAAAUUAACGAGCUCAAGUCGAGCGUCGAGAAGGCCAAGAACGACACGAUCAAGUCGGUCAUCACCAUCCUUGGUACCUUCUCAGCCAUCGCCUUCACAAUAUCUCGGUUCAUCCAGAUGAGCGGCGGCGGCUAAGGAGGGGGUGGCGGGUGGUUGAACCGGUGUGUGACGCACAUGAGGUGUCAUGUGGGAGGGGUGAGGGGUGAGGGACACGAAUUACGUGUGUUAAGAAGACUGGCUGCGAGUUGGAGCAGUGUGGCAGCUGCAUGGCUGUGUGUCUAGUCUCGUGAUCUCACUUUCUAAGGUUCUUCCAAUUUUGGCUGCGAAUUCUGGGCUGUGCAGUAAGGGGUGCUUUGCGCAGCUUGGUUUGUGCGCAGCACCCAGAGUGUAUUGCCGUACAUGUGAUAGAUGGCAGGUGUGUGGCGACAGAGGCCGCAAGCAGCCGCGUCCUUCAUUGAUGAAGGCGGGUCUGUGUGGGGGCGGCUCUCUAGGGGUUGUUAGUGGCUGAGCGUGUGGCCCGUGUUUCUUGCGCGUGCAGUGCCAUUGUUUCCCUCGAACUGGUCCUUUUGUGUGUUCCGAUAUGUGCCGGCAUGUCAUUGUGCAGAAUUUGCGUAUGACAGCAACAGUUCUGAGCGCGGGUAGGACAGCAGACGUGAAGCAUUGGUUAGGACACUUGUGGUUAGGACUGUGGGUGACAGUGAAGGUGCUUGUUUAGGGGGAAGAGGAAGGAGGUGGUGUGGAGAGGGCCUUCGGUGUGGAGGCAGUACCCGCCGUGUGCAAUGUUAGUGUGGGUGACGAGUGCAUGUUUGUGCGCUAUAUUAGGGGUAUGCUAUGUAGGAUAACGUAGGUGAACACAACAGUAGAUAAAAGGAGGCUUGAUGACCGGGCAAGCAGCGCAAGGAGGCUAGGCGAGGGGGCGGGCUUGGCCGGGAGGUGGUGUGCUGCUUAGCGCUUACCCUGCUUUAGGAACAGGUGCGUGUGUGUAUGUACGACAACUGUGCGAUUCUUUCUCC